CACAGGGUUUCCCUUCCAGCGCCUUUUUCCACCUCUACCCACCCCCGCCGAUAAUCUAUACGCCAGCGUGCCACCCCUUUCACUCUUUCGCCGGCCUCUGUCUUGGAAUCUGCUAUUGUCCGAAAUUCAAGCCGGAUUCUGCGUCGACUCAUUGGAAUGUGUGGCUUUUGAGACGGUCGUGGAACGUCUUGCUCGCCCGCCUGAGCGCACCUCGACCGGCGUGUUCCUAUUCCAUCGCCCUUCACCCUAGCCUGAAUCUGCCGUGAUCUGCCCUUGUGUUGAAGAUCUUCGAUCCAGGUCUUCCUUUCGUGGGGCUCGGGCUGCUCAGGCUGAGGCCAACCUCUUCAUUCACCCUGCCCUCGGGACUCCAUGUCUGAUCGCGCCUCCUCGGCAUCCUUUCGAGUAGGACCUCCAUCGCCAUCGUCUCCCGCCGCAGGGUCUCUCAAGCCGAUCCAGCCUCUGGCGCCCUUAUCCGAUCGAUUUCCACAGACUCCGACAUCACCUCCGUUGAUGUCGGUAAGCGCUCAGAACUAUGCCACCCAUCUCGUAUCCUCGCAGUCAUCACCUAACCAGGCGACCCCACAACCCGCAAAUCUUUCAUCCCCACCAUCCUCUGCCCCGAUGUCUACCCAAGCCUCCCAACAGCCCACGGUAGGUACAGCAAACUCGUUUCCGACGCCGGCCAGCAGCGUGAGUGGGCACAUGCCCGGUGCGACUUCACUAGAUGAAUCUGAGAACGCCGACAAGCCAAUGGGGCCGGGAAGCGGCGAUACUGGAUCUACCAGUGCGACUAUGAAUGCUGCGGCAAUGCAACAGGCGGAACACAGACGGACCGACCAUGACCGGCAACCAGGAGGGGCGGAAGUUGGAGUUCGCGAUUUCGCCGUGAGUGGCGGCGGCGACGCUAUGGAGAUUGAUAGCGAGGAGCCCGCUUCAUCUAACCGCAGUGGGCCAAGUCUAGAAUCUCUGCAGAAGGACUUUACGUCGGCCUUUCAUCUUUGCAAAAGCUCCUAUGUUGCGACUGGUCCAGACCCGUCGCUAGAUCUGAUCUCACUGUACGGGUUAGGUUCAGUGGCAAAGUCUGUUGCUCGAAUGGAUCCUGUGACAGGCGAGAAGAUCAACAGGCUCCGAAAGUCCUAUGAGGGCAAGCUGAAAGGCCUGGGUCUCGCAGGGAGGAACAAACCUGUCAAGACCGAGCCUGGUGCGCCCGGCGGGCUCAGACACAUGACCAUGUGGCCCGAAGAGGAAUGGCAGAACCAAAAGGUGUUCGGAAAGGAGAUCAAGAUGGCGGACAUGGACUCUGCACUGCACAAUCUCCAGAUGAGAGCCAUGAAGAUGGAGCCGGGAACAGUACCGAACAACGAGUAUUGGGAGGAUGUCUUGGGUCACGAAAAACCGUCGAAACAUGCAACUAGCGGCGACGUCAAUAAGAAAUCCGUCGCCCCGCCGCCCAAUGGCAUCCGAAUCCCGCAGCCCAACGGAACUCCCGCGCCUGUCUCGGAACCAGAUCGAUCCCGACCCAGCCGAGGACGGAAACGGCAUUAUGAUGACAACAGCUUUGUUGGCUAUGGCGAAGGUUAUGCAGACGACGAUGACGACGGCGCAUUCUAUUCGAACAGCGAAGGAAUUGGAAAGAAAAAACGGAAGAAGGACCAUGUUUCGAAGAUAUCUACCCCUCUGCCUGACCGCGGUGGAAGUUACGGGGUUGGUAUGUUUGGGAUCGGGGCCAGAUGAACGAACAGGACGGGAACUUGACGGGAUGAAAAGCAGUGUGGC